AAAUUCCCCGACCACUUGCGACUAGUCGGGGUCGAAUGAUCCAUCGGCGCCUUCGACCCUAUAUAAACCGCCAAUUCUUGAUCUCUGCUCGGACCACUCUUCGUUGCAUCCUGCGAAAUCUCCUUUCCCUCAUCAUGUCUAAUUCAGCAGUAGAGCCUCACGAAUCUGCUCCUGACACCCCAACAUUUGAUCCCAGUCACCCCUCCCUGCCCAUUUCUUAUCCAAUUAAAACCCUCCAUGAGCUGGAAUCCCGGUCCUAUUUUGACUCCUUUCACUACCCUUUUAACAAAGCUUCCGUUCCCAUCCGAAGUCUUGGCUCUUCUUCUUCACUGCCCAGCCGGCGCAGGUUGCUCGUGUGCCAUGAUAUGGCCGGGGGUUAUACCGAUGAUAAGUGGGUUCAGGGUGGCACUAACGCCGAUGCCUAUGCCAUAUGGCAUUGGCAUUUGAUAGAUGUGUUUGUGUACUUUUCUCAUAGUCUAGUGACGCUUCCUCCUCCUUGUUGGACAAAUACAGCUCAUCGUCAUGGCGUCAAGGUGUUGGGAACAUUCAUCACGGAAUGGGACGAGGGAAGGGCGGUCUGUAAUGAGAUGCUUGCAACUAAGGAGUCUGCACAAAUGUAUGCAGAGCGUUUGGCAGAGCUUGCUGCUGCUUUAGGCUUUGAUGGAUGGCUGAUGAACAUAGAGGUAAAUUUGGACCUGGGUCAAAUUGAAAAUUUGAAGGAAUUUGUCAAGCAUUUAACAUUGAUAAUGCAUUCUUCAGUGCCCGGAUCACUAGUAAUAUGGUAUGACAGUGUUACAAUCAGUGGUGAAUUAGAGUAUCAGAAUAAGUUAGACGAAUAUAAUAAGCCUUUCUUUGAUAUAUGCGAUGGAAUUUUUGUAAACUAUACGUGGGAGGAAGACUAUCCAAGGCUCUCUGCCAAUGUUGCUGGUGACAGAAAGUUUGACGUGUACAUGGGAAUUGAUGUGUUUGGGAGGAACACUUACGGUGGUGGACAGUGGAAUGCAAAUGUUGCUCUUGACGUACUAAGAAAGGAGGAUAUCUCGGCUGCAGUAUUUGCUCCUGGAUGGGUCUAUGAGACUAAGCAACCACCGGAUUUUCAGACUGCUCAGAAUCGUUGGUGGGGUCUUGUGGAGAAAUCAUGGGGUAUACUACGAAACUACUCUGGAACACUGCCAUUCUACACAAAUUUUGAUCAGGGACAUGGUUAUCAUAUUUCGAUUGACGGGCACACAGUAUCUGAUGCUGCUUGGUGCAACAUUUCUUGCCAAGGUUUACAGCCGUUCCUUGGGUUUGCUGAUGUUACUCCAAAUGCUUCUAUUCAAGCUUUUGUUGACUUUAAGGAAGCAUCCUAUAGUGGAGGGGGGAACAUUACUUUUAAGGGAUCUCUCGAGCGGCAAACUUAUUUCCAGAAGAGAAUUUUUCUGGGGCAGUUUGCUGUGGGCGAGUCACCUAUCCGUAUGUUAUAUUCUGUGAAAUCUGAUAGCAAUUCUUCAUUGGGAGUUGCGUUUGAGUUCACUUCCAUUUCAAACGAAAGAACUUCAGUACUCAUCGCGUCUCCGGAAAUGAACCAGCUCUCAAGCAAAUUUGACAAAGUACUCAUGACGCGUGAACUGAAGGGACUUUCCCCUGAAUGGGUUGUACAUGAAGGCACAAUCACUAUGAAUGGGUACGUAUUAACAGGAAUGCAUGCUGUGUGCUACAGAUCAGAGCCUACAUUCAAUGUUCCAAGACUGAAAUCCAGGUCACAUGGCCCUGAUGGCACAGCCAGUUCUUCAACGGAUUAUUUUUCGGUUCUUGGUCAUGUCACAGUCAAGAGUUCUGCUGAUAACUCGGAUUUCCCUGUGUCUACUUCAUGGCUAGUUAAUGGUGAAUACAUCAAAUGGACAUCAGAUUCCGAGGGUUCAAGGACCCUUAGUCUCAAACUUCUGUGGAACCUGAAAGAUGGUCAUAAUUACGUGUUCCUUAACUACAAAGUGUAUGUAGAGAAACUAUCAGAUCAAACAGAACGUGUGCCAAUGCCAGAGUACCUUGGAAUAGCACAAGUGAAUUGUUUCUACGUUUCUGACCUCAAAAUUCCUUCUGCCAUUUCCCGUGUCAAGUUUAUUAUCCAAGUUUGUAGAGAUGAUGGCACAAAUCAGAAACUUGGUGAUUCUCCAUAUUAUGAGCUGCAUGUCGAAAAUUCAUCACCGGAUCAUUCUGCAUCUGGAUGCAGAGUAUCUCUGCUUGAGCCAGCGCCAGCUGCAUUUGAAGCUCCGACACCUGGUUUUGCAGGCGCCAGCCACGACCACGAGAUCGCCACGCUCCUCACGCAUCCUCUCAAUUAUGACCCUCCACGCGUCCCUUGCUCCUACGGUUUAUACCUUCACUCUCCAUCUCACUCUCAUCACCCUCCUUAUCCUCCCCUCUUCGCCUCGCCACACCCAAACCCCGCCCUUUCCUUCCUCUGUUUCAUUCCCCUUCUCAUACUUAUUCUGCUUCUGCACUUCUCUCCAUUCCAGCUCUGUUUAUCUUCUUCUCUUGCUAAACCUGGUUUAUCCGUCUUGUUUCGUCUCGAAAUCAUGCUUCUUAAAGCUGCUGCUUCGUCUUUGUCUAUCUCCAACGUCAAUGGAGACCAUCUCGGUUCUCUGUUUCCUUCAUCUUCGCCGUUUAACUCGUCUGCUUCUUUGUCCUUGAUUCUUCCCUUCUCUCCUGGGAAAAAUGGAAGUGCUUUAGUGCUUUGCGCCUCUAAGAGUGGGAAUGAUCGACCCCUUACAGGUGUCCUCUUCGAACCCUUUGAAGAGGUUAAAAAGGACAUGAGUCUUGUUCCCGACGUCCCACAAGUUUCUCUUGCUCGCCGGAAUUUUUCGGACGAGUGUGAGGCUGCUAUUAACGAGCAGAUCAAUGUGGAGUACAACGUCUCCUACGUUUACCAUGCGAUGUUUGCUUAUUUCGAUAGGGAUAAUGUCGCUCUCAAGGGUCUUGCCAAGUUUUUCAGGGAGUCAAGUGAGGAAGAAAGACAUCAUGCUGAGAAAUUGAUGGAGUACCAGAAUAAGCGGGGCGGGAGAGUGAAGCUGCAGUCUAUUGUGAUGCCACUUACUGAGUUUGAUCAUGAUGAAAAGGGAGAUGCCCUAUAUGCUAUGGAGCUUGCUCUAUCAUUGGAGAAGCUAACUAAUGAGAAGCUCCUAAACUUGCACAAAGCUGCCUCAAAGAACAAUGAUGUGCAGUUGGCAGAUUUUGUUGAAAGCGAGUUUCUGGGUGAACAGGUUGAGGCCAUUAAAAGAAUGUCCGAAUAUGUUGCUCAGCUCAGAAGAGUGGGCAAGGGACAUGGUGUUUGGCACUUUGAUCAGGCUCUGCUACAUGACGAAGCUGCUCAUGGAGCUGCCGCCUGAAGGAUUUUUUUUUUUUUUUUUUUAAAUUAUCAAAUUUUACUUUUGUCCUCUGGCCAAUUCUCUCUAAGGUCGUUUGUAUGGAGUAGUCUAUCUGCUUGAUUUUGUGUAGUAUUAUGGCCAGAGGGGGGAUUGAAGUGGAAGCUGAAAAACUAUCGCUGAAUGAUUUUGGUCACCGUUAUCGUUAUAUAUAGACUCUGUCCGGUAGAGGAGAUCAUCAAAUAGAACAUUCUUCCAUGGGUUUGCUGUUCAAGUUCAACAUCAAUAUAGCGUCAAGGCAAUUAGAAGUU